UACUGUAAUCGGCUGGCUAUAACAUGGGGCUGUGCUACAGUCUGCGUCCCCGUCUGUUUGGGGACCUGAGUGGAUCCAUUUCAAACGCCACCUCGGACUCAGAUCAACCGCCCGACCCAGUUAUUGCGUCGCGGGUUGGGGGACCUCGUCAAGAAGACUCUGGGGGAAACAGCAAGACAUCACCGUUACGCACUAGCCAAACACACCACUGGGACACCGGCAAACUCCCUCCCGGGGAGCACCGCCGUAGAGACGCUAGCACAGACGGAACACUGAUACAGAACGGGGGUGGUGGAGGAGGCAAAGGGACAGGCAAGGAGCGUAAUCGACGAUUACAACUGCUGCAGACACAUAGCACUCAAAAACAGAAAAACUGGGAUAAACUGGUGGUCGAGGAAAAGGAGGCCGAGAAAGAGGCAAAGCGAGUCAGUAAGAACAUUGAUCGGGCCUUGAAAGAGCUCAAACGGGAGUAUAAACAGACGCACCGGCUACUGCUCUUGGGGGCCGGAGAAUCCGGAAAAAGCACCAUUGUGAAGCAGAUGAGGAUUCUACACGUCAAUGGUUUUAAUGCAGAAGAAAAGAAACAGAAAAUACAAGACAUCAGGAAAAAUGUGAAAGAUGCCAUAGUGACGAUAGUCUCUGCGAUGAGCACUUUAAUACCACCCGUCCCUCUGGCCAACCCCGAGAACCAGUUUAGGAUUGACUACAUCAAAAGCAUAGCACCGCUCUCGGACUUUGACUACCCACAGGAGUUUUUUGACCAUGCAAAGAACCUUUGGGAGGAUGAGGGGGUGAGGGCGUGUUAUGAGAGAUCCAAUGAAUACCAGCUGAUCGACUGUGCGCAUUACUUUCUGGAGCGAAUCGAUGCUGUAAGACAAAGCGACUAUACUCCAACAGAUCAGGACUUACUGCGCUGCAGAGUGCUGACUUCAGGGAUUUUUGAAACACGGUUUCAAGUAGACAAAGUCAACUUUCAUAUGUUUGAUGUGGGAGGCCAGAGAGACGAGCGAAGAAAAUGGAUUCAGUGUUUUAAUGAUGUCACUGCUAUCAUCUUUGUUGUUGCGAGUAGCAGCUACAACAUGGUGAUAAGGGAAGACAACAACACAAACAGACUCCGGGAAGCCUUGGAUCUUUUCCGCAGUAUCUGGAACAACAGAUGGUUACGGACUAUAUCAGUUAUAUUGUUCCUCAACAAACAGGAUAUGUUGGCUGAGAAAGUAUUAGCUGGGAAAUCCAAAAUUGAAGAUUACUUCCCAGAGUAUGCUCGCUACACCAUACCAAAUGAAGCAACCCCUGAACCUGGAGAGGACCCGAGGGUGACAAGGGCCAAGUUUUUCAUUCGUGAUGAGUUUCUGAGGAUCAGCACUGCGAGCGGAGAUGGGCGACACUACUGUUACCCACAUUUCACGUGUGCGGUGGACACGGAGAACAUCCGGCGAGUGUUUAACGACUGUCGGGACAUCAUUCAGAGAAUGCACCUCCGCCAGUAUGAACUCUUGUGAUUGAAGCAGAAGUCAGCGUGCUUUUUAAAAAACAAAAAAACAAAACAAAAACAAAACAAACAUGUCCACCUCCCACAUCCAACAGCGUCACAUCGGUGGACAAAGAGUGCUACUGAACAGUGUCCAAUAGUCUUUCUCCUCUCUCUGCUGUUUUUUCUUUCUUUCUUUUUUUUUUAUGUCUUUGUUGGAGAGGGAGCUGUCAGUCGUUCUUUUUCAUCCUUUUUUUGAAUGCCUUUUGCCAUUCCACUAAAGCCUUUGGCUACCUCCUUGUUUUUAGUUUGAAUUUUUAUGCCCAUGUAUAUACUGGCAUUUGCUAGUCUCUG